AGUCAGCCUAUAUAAGAAGCAGAAAGUUUUCCAAACACCCAUCAAAACAUAAAGUCGGCCUCUGACCAACAACAGACGAGAAAAGCGCCGUUUUCCUUUGCGUAAAAAAAGUCAAGACAUGGAGAGGUCAGUCAGAUUUGCCGUGGUGUGCGUCGGAGUGUCUCUGCUCAUCUCCUGCCAUCCAGUCGAAGCCUGGUACAAGCAGUCGACCGGGCCCAGUUACUAUUCGGUGGGUCGUGCCUCCGGUUUGCUGUCCGGUAUCAGGAGGUCGCCUUACGUCCGGAGGUCCGAGUCCGAAGAGACGCUGAUGGACAGCGGGGAGACAGCAGGUAACACCGUUCUUCAAGAGACUAACAGGCAGAUCUCCAUCCUCAAAAACAUGGCCAUCUGCGUGAAAGACAUCUCUCCAAACCUGAAGAGCUGCGAGCUGCUGCGGGACGGGACGGGCACCUUCCAGUGCAAGGCGGACGUCUUCCUCACUCUGGACUCCCUGGACUGCCUGUCCGCGUGAGUCCCGUUCCUCCACCCAGCCCCGGGAGCGCUUCCCUGGACAUGAAAAACAAAGAAAAGGAAUGGGUGUGUGUGGGGGGUUGAUGGCGCGGAGGAAAACCUGAUCACCGUCGACGAUGGACUGCCGCAGACUCUGAAUGUUCUCUUAUUUAAAAACAAAAAACAAAAACUCAAACAUUGUUUUGUUUUACUUUGGUUAUGUAGACAGGAGUAUAAAAGUAAAAAAAAAAAAAAAAAUAACUGUGCAAGAGAGGUUAGUUGAAACUUGAAUCUUGUUUCCAUUGUUGCUGUUUAACUCCAGACAUGUACCCUCCUUUGGCAAAAUGUAUUAAAUAUCCAGAAAGUUGACUGCAGAGCAGAUUUCCUGGAAAGUACUUUUAUUUAUUUUAUCUAUUAAAAUGAACAAACACUGGUAACCUGUUA